ACGCCAGGCCCUCAGCCCCAGCCCAUGGAUCUACGGGUAGGCCAGCGGCCCCCGGUGGAGCCCACCCCGGAGCCCACACUGUUGGUACUGCAGCACUCCCAGCGUCUGCAGCACCACUUCUUUCUAGCGGGUCUGCAGCAACAGCAGCAGCAGCAGCAACACUCAGCGGAGCCCCUGAGGCUCUCCAUGGACACACAGAUGCCUGAGCUACAGAUGGGGCAGCAGGAACAAGAACUACGGCAGCUUCUCAAUAAGGACAAAAGCAAGCGGAGUGCCAUAGCCAGCAGCGUGGUUAAGCAGAAGUUGGCGGAGGUGAUUCUGAAGAAACAGCAGGCAGCCCUAGAGAGAACAGUCCAUCCUAGUAGCCCGAGCAUUCCCUACAGAACUCUGGAGUCUUUGGAGACUGAAGGAGCUCCCCGCACUGUGCUCAGCAGUUUUCUGCCUCCUGUUCCCAGCCUGCCCUGUGAUCCCCCUGAACACUUCCCCUUGCGUAAAACAGUCUCUGAGCCCAACCUGAAGCUGCGCUACAAGCCUAAGAAGUCCCAGGAGCGGAGGAAGAAUCCCAUACAGCGGAAGGAGAGCUCCCCACCUAGUCUGCUGAGGAGGCCACCGGAGACCCUCGGGGAUUCGUCCCCCAGCAGCUGCAGCACGCCUGCAUCAGGGUGCAGCUCCCCCAACGACAGUGAGCACGGUCCCAACCCCGUCCUGGGCUCUGAGGCGCUCUUGGGCCAGCGGCUGCGGCUGCAGGAGACCUCUCUGGCUCCGUUCGCCUUGCCAACAGUGUCCUUACUGCCCGCAAUCACACUGGGGCUGCCCGCCCCUGCCAGGGCUGAUGGGGACCGCAGGACUCAUCCAACUUUGGUUCCCCGGGGGCCGGUCCUGGGGAGCUCUCAUGCUCCCCUCUUCCUGCCCCCUGGCCUGGAGCCUGAGGUUGGAGGCACCUUGCCCUCUCGCUUGCAGCCCAUUUUCCUCCUGGACCCCUCAGUCUCUCACGUGCCUGGGCUUGGGCAUCUGCCUUUCCACUUGGCCCAGUCCUUACCAGCUACCAAGCGGUUCUCCGGGUCAGGCUUCCACUGGCCACUGAGAUGGACCCGCUCAGAGCCCCUGCCCCCUAGCACCACCGCCCCCCCACCGCUCGGCCCCCUGCAGCCUCUCCCAGAGCAGCUCAAACAUCAUGUCCAGCUGAUCGAGAAGCCAUCCAAGCCGGGUGAGAAGGCCCGACUACGGCAGAUACCCUCCGCUGAAGACCUAAAGACCGAUGGUGGGGGCAUGGGGCAGGGGGGCGACGACAGCUUGGAACGCAGGGAGUCGAGCCAAGGGCAGCCAGAGGCCAGAGGCCCAUUUCCUCUUCAGCAGCACCAGCAGGUGUUCCUCUGGAUGCAGCAGCAGCAGCAACAGCAGCGACUGGUGGGACGGCUGCCCCGGGGAGGCCCUGGGGGCUCUGUGCUGCUUCCCCUGGCCCACGGUGGACACCGGCCUCUGUCCAGGACUCAGUCUUCCCCAGCUGCGCCUGCCUCUCUGCCAGCCUCAGAGCCCACUAGUCAGACUCGUGUCCUUCCCAGCUCGGAGACCCCUGCUAGGACCCUGCCCUUUACCACAGGCCUGGUGUAUGACUCCGUGAUGCUGAAGCACCAGUGCUCCUGUGGGGACAACAGCAGGCACCCAGAACAUGCCGGCCGCAUUCAGAGCAUCUGGUCCCGGCUGCAGGAACGGGGGCUCCGGGGCCAGUGUGAGUGUCUCCGCGGUCGGAAGGCCUCCCAGGAGGAGCUACAGUCAGUCCACUCGGAGAGGCACGUGCUCCUCUAUGGAACCAACCCCCUCAGCCGCCUCAAACUGGACAAUGGGAAGCUGGCAGGGCUCCUGGAACAGCGGAUGUCUGUGAUGCUGCCCUGUGGUGGGGUUGGGGUGGACAAUGAUACAAUCUGGAAUGAGCUGCACUCUUCCAAUGCAGCCUGCUGGGCCGCAGGUAGUGUCACGGACCUCGCCUUCAAAGUGGCUUCCCGAGAGCUAAAGAACGGUUUUGCUGUGGUACGGCCCCCAGGACACCAUGCAGACCAUUCCACAGCCAUGGGCUUCUGCUUCUUCAACUCAGUGGCCAUAGCCUGUCGGCAGCUGCAACAACAGGGCAAGGCCAGCAAGAUCCUCAUUGUGGACUGGGACGUCCACCACGGUAAUGGCACCCAGCAGUCCUUCUACCAGGAUCCCAGUGUGCUGUACAUCUCUCUGCAUCGCUAUGAUGAUGGCAACUUCUUCCCAGGCAGUGGGGCCGUGAAUGAGGUGGGGGCUGGCAGUGGCGAGGGCUUCAAUGUCAAUGUGGCCUGGACCGGAGGUCUAGAUCCCCCCAUGGGGGACCCUGAAUACUUGGCAGCCUUCAGGACCAUUGUGAUGCCCAUCGCCCGGGAGUUCUCUCCAGACUUGGUCUUGGUGUCGGCUGGGUUUGAUGCUGCCGAGGGUCACCUGCCCCCACUGGGUGGCUAUCACGUGUCUGCCAAAUGCUUUGGGUACAUGACGCAGCAACUGAUGAACCUGGCGGGAGGUGCAGUGGUGCUGGCCUUGGAAGGCGGCCAUGACCUCACUGCCAUCUGUGACGCCUCCGAGGCCUGUGUGGCUGCUCUCCUGGGCAAGAAGGUGGAGCCCCUCUCCCAAGAAGGCUGGAAACAGAAACCCAACCUCAAUGCUAUCCGCUCCCUGGAAGCUGUGAUCCGGGUUCACAGUAAAUACUGGGGCUGCAUGCAGCGCCUGGCUUCCUGUCCAGAUGCCUGGGUGCCCAGAGGGCCAGGGAACGACCCAGAGGAAGUGGAGGCAGUGACUGCACUGGCAUCUCUCUCUGUGGGCAUCCUGGCUGAAGAGAGGCCCUCAGAGCAGCUGGUGGAGGAGGAAGAACCUAUGAAUCUCUGA